AUGCUGUCCAGAGCUGCUCGUCCCGCCCUCAGGGCUGGUGCGGCGCAAUCGCUGCGGUAUGUCCGCCGUCUCCACCCUCCCAUCGCCAGCAACAGCGCGAACUCCAGGACAAUCGAUCGAUCUCGAGACACCUACUAACAUCGCCAUUGCGCUAUCAGACCGGCCGCCGCCGUGGCUCCCGCCUUUCAGAAUGCCAACUUCGCCACCCUCCGUGAGAUCGAGGGCCGUCUAAAGUCGAUCAAGAACAUCGAGAAGAUCACCAAGACCAUGAAAAUUGUCGCCUCCACCAAGCUCACCAAGGCUCAGCGCGCCAUGGAAGAGUCUCGCUCGUACGGAAAGGCAAACAGCCAGGUCUUUGAGGAGGCGGAGACCAAGCCCCUAGAGACUGAGAACAAGAAGACGCUGCUCAUCGUCUGCAGCUCCGACAAGGGUCUUUGCGGUGGUAUUCACUCUGGGUUGACCCGUGCCACUCGCCGUCUCCUUACCGAGCAGCCAGGCGACUACGAACUCGUCGUCCUCGGGGAGAAAUGCAAGGCUCAGCUGAGCAGGAGCAACGCCCAGGACAUGGCUCUCUCUUUUGCGGGUGUUGGCAAGGACGUCCCCACUUUCGCCGAUGCUCAGGCCAUUGCCGACCAGGUCACUCUACUUCCAGGAGACUUCUCCUCGAUCAAGAUCCUGUACAACAAGUUCAUCAACGCCCAGAGCUACGAGGCGACCGUCAUUGAGGCCUUCUCUGAGGAUGCCAUCAAGGAGUCACGUGAGUAUUGGUCCCACAGAUUCGUGCUCUGAUGCUAAUACUUCGCGUCUAUAGCAAACUUCGCCGCUUUCGAGAUCGACGAGGAGGUCCUCUCCAAUAUGCGUGAAUAUGCUCUGGCCAACUCCAUCUACUGGGCGCUUGCCGAGGGUCACGCAUGCGAAAUCUCCGCUCGUCGCAACGCCAUGGACAACGCCUCCAAGAACGCCGGCGACAUGAUUGAUAAGUUCCAGAUUCUUUACAACCGAACGAGACAGGCUGUCAUUACUGGAGAGCUGGUCGAGAUUAUUACUGGUGCUGCGGCUUCCGAGGCAUAG